AUGGUGUCAGGAAUAGUGGCUGGAAGAUUGGCUCUAGUUACCGGUGCUGGAUCCGGUAUAGGUAGAGCAGCAUGCCAGGUAUUAUCCAGAGAGGGUGCCAUAGUUGUGGCAGCUGACAAGAACUAUGAAGCAGCCAUGGAAACCAUUAAAACUCACACAGCUUUAGCUUCUGGCAAAAAUGAUGCAGACCACAUGGCAGUGGAACUGGAUGUCUCCAAUUCAACAGCAGUGCGAAACCUGUUAACGACAAUAUUGCAGCAAUACAAGGCACCUCCGACAAUAGUUGUGAACUCCGCUGGUAUCACUAGAGACAAUUGGCUGCUGAAACUGUCUGAAGAGGAUUAUGAUAGUGUGCUAAAUACAAAUUUAAAGGGCACUUUUCUAGUAAUGCAAACGUUUUCAAAGGCGAUGUCAGAAGCAGGAUUACCAGGCUCGAUUGUAAAUCUUUCCAGUAUUGUUGGCAAAUAUGGGAAUAUGGGUCAAACCAAUUACGCAGCAAGUAAAGCUGGUGUUAUCGGCAUGACACAAUCUGCAGCUCAAGAAUUAGGAAAAUUCAACAUUAGAGUAAAUGCUAUACUACCAGGCUUCAUAGAAACUCCAAUGGUUAAGACUGUCCCUGAGAAGGUCAUACAAGGAAUCAUGAAGCAAGUACCUUUGGGACGACUUGGGUCUCCUACUGAACUAGCGGAAGUGAUUGCCUUCUUGAGUUCGGACAAGAGCUCAUUUAUGACAGGAGCAUCGAUCGAUGUCACCGGUGGAUACUAG